CUGAGCCAUAAGACCGUGAGUAGCGUACGUCGUAGUCGUCGCGACAAUGGCCUGUAAUACGCGACAGUACUUGUCGAACGGUUUAUCUAGGCUACGCGCGCGUACGGAAGUGCUCGUUCGAAUAAGGAUUUCAGUCGGAGUGCGAAGAAUUCCUGGAUUCCGUCCAUCCGAAACGUGGUUGACCAUACGCCGUCCGUCACCCGACUGUCCGUUAUGUAACGAUAUAGAAGAACAAUCUGACUCUCGGUAGAUCGGACCUGCUUUCGUGACAACGUGAAUACGCGAUCCGACGCAAAAUGGAAGCCUUCAUCAACGAGAUGGUAGAACCGAGGGUGCUGGAUUUGAUUGUGCUGAUUUUGCCGAAAUGGAAGCUACUGAUAUAUAUCUUUCUGAUGAAUGUUAUCAUCUUUUCGCCGAUCUACUUCUUCGGCGUUAUCCUGAUCGACAACGUCGAGCUGCAGCUGAUCUGCCCAUCGGCAAUGCUGUUCGGUUUCAACCUCAUCCACCGGGCGCUGUUCAUACGCCAUAACCUGAACAACACCCGUUCCAUGCUGGUGGGCAUUGGCUUGCUGUGCGUUGGAAUCUCAACCAGUGGCCUCGUGGCGAUGUACAGCGAUGAUCGCGGAACCUACCAGACGAUCGUACUGCUGUACAGCUUAGUCGGAGGUUAUGGUUAUCACUUGGUGUUUUCAAAAAUGUGGAAAGUCCUAGCGAAGAUCUUCAACGCCAAGAAGGAAAUGUUUGUCAUUAAAUUCCUCCACUCGUUCGGUCAAUCCAUGACCCCGCUGUUCCUGUUGGUCAUAUUCUACUGCCCGUGGAAGGACUAUAUCUACGGUGCACUGCUGGUGUUGCUCGGCGGAAUUCUACUCAAUCUCGUUCCCAUCACCAUCCUGAUAGAGAACGAGAAGAACUUCCUGAAGCUUGACCUAGAUUCGUUCAUAAAAAUCACUGAAAAAGGAAACGAAUCCUUCUACAACGAUGUGGCCAAGAACUUUACCGGAACGGAAGCCGUUUUCCCGGCACAAACACCACCCGAAGUGGAGCAGAUGCCGAUGAUGAGUUGGAAGAAUCCAGCAAAUUACUGCCGCGAUGAAGAGUUGGAGAUACCUGUAAUUCUGGAGGGCGACUGCGAAGACGAUCUAUUGAACCGGGAGGGGAAGUGCUACAAUCACGAUGGGGUAGAGAUACUGGAAAUAAUCAUCGAAGAAGACGAGGACAAUGCCUCGGAGAUUGCAGACGUAGCCGUGAACGUGCAACCUGUCAAGGAAGCUGAUAAGACUAAGUGGCUUACAUUAAGCCAGAUAUUCAUAUCAAUUGCUAGACUAUAUCACAGCAUCCAGGUGCGACAGAACUUCAACACCAGGAUCGGGAAAUCGCUCCGCUUCUCGAUCAGAGAGCUCAGAUUCUACAGCUGUUUGUUUCUGAAAUCCACUGACGUAUGCAUUUUCGUACUUUUCCUAACGGUGCUGCCAAGGUUUAUGUCCCACCAUUACUAUUAUCGGGGAAAGCCGCGGCAAAUGCUGCUAUUAUCGUUGGUCAUUAUCUCCUCUUCGUGGGCGACGUUUUCGCUGUUGCUACUUUGGUGUGACAUCAAGCUCCGCAAGCAGCAAGAUAAGCUACUCAUAUUUAGCAUUCUCUUCAAAGCGUUCGGCUACUUUUGCGUCUAUUCGACCAAGUCCAGCUUUUGGACCGUGUCCGGAUGUAUUCUGAUAGGCGUAGGUCACGCCAUCACCUGCUUCUAUCAGGAUCUGGUGAUUAAGCGGAAGUUCAGCGCUCGCCAGUGGAGUCUGGUGAAGGGAGCCCUCUGUCUGCUGAGCGGACUGUUAGUGAUAGCAAUAGCUAGCUUAACCAAUGUAGCGUUCAUCUACUGUAGGAUAGAUAACGUACUGCUGACCCUGCUGUUGGUUUACUGCUUCAGUGGGAGCGUGUGGUUGGUGUUUAAUUUUAGGAUAAUUUUCCGGUAGGUUUUAAU